AUGCGUGGCGGCAUGAAUGAACGGCGCGAGCCUCUCCCUGUCUGGGCUCCAAGGGUUUGGUUAGCCACGAAUCAGCACGACUUUUGCCGACCCGUUAUCCUAGACAACAGUAGUGUGGUGCGUCCAGCCACGGCCUACCGCGAAAUGCUGCUUUCACAAAUGCGCGGAAACAGCACGUUGGAUGCAUCGGCGCCAACUGAGCAUUCAGAGGUUCGGCGCAUCGGGGCAAUCAUUUCCGACAGUAAUGACGGAAACACCAGCAGUGAAAGCGGUAAUCGCCUCCUGGUGCAUCGUGGGGGGGGCACAGCAGCAGACACCCCAGCAAGCGCACCGUUCAGGUAUUCGUCUCUGGUCGCGGAAGGAGUCGAGCCUCAAGGGAACCUAAUAGGGUACGCAUACGGCGUUCCAAUGCCGCCGCCGCCGCAGCAGCAGCAGCACGAGGCCCCGCAGCCUGUUUGGUAUGUUGAAAGCAGCCGUUUUGUUCCGACAUCACAUAUCGGCAGUACCGCUUUGUACGCCUCAAUGUCACAACAGCAGCGCCAACACCAGCAGCAACGUCAGCUUCAGCAACAUCAUCACCAGCAGCAAGAAAAGCACGAAAUGCGGAACAGCGAGGCUUCUGCGACGUUUUCUUCGCGUGGAGGAAUGGGAGCGCAUCCGCGAUACGAAGACCCAUACGCGCGGGGGCCCUCGAAUUGCCGAGGGGCGACCCCGAACGCUGUCUACUCCAUACCAUUUCGGCGUGCCGCCAACGCGGCGCCGUCCGACGCACGUGCAACACAUGCGGCACCCUUUUCCGUGGGUGGGGCUCCCCUUCACUUCCACCUCCACCACCACUAUCACCACCGCCCGAACCCCGCGCCCACGGCACCACCACCGCAAUCACCACCACAGUCACAGCCGCAGCCGCAGCCACAGCCACAGCCACACCCGCAACACCACCAGCUGGACGCGUCAGCAACAGGGCAGGCGGACAGCACACCGGCGCGACAGGUGCGCUUGCAACAGGAGGCCACGUUUUUGGGUCUAUUUGAGCGCCUAGCCUACCGCUCAAACACUCGUCAUCCGCGUGACGCUUCGUCAGGCACCACAAGUGGCCAGCGGCGGGGCGAAGCCAUCCGCCACGAUCGCGCUCAUGUUCCAAACGGUGAGAUGCGUUCUGCGCGUACCGUAAACUCCGCCACGCUGUCAGCGCCGCCGCUGGGUUUCUUUCGGUUACGGCCAGGGACGCCACCGCCGCCACACACCUUGGCGCGUGACGCCCACGCGCCACGAACACAUACGCAUUCGGCUCAUGCCCGAGACUCGGCGCAUAUGGCGGAGGGAUACAUGUUCGAGGCUGCCCUUGCCCCUGACGUGGACAACAUGACGUAUGAAGAGUUGCUGGAUUUGGCGGAGCGCAUCGGACGUGUCGAGCGUGGCGUGCCACGUGAGCGGCUGCGUCAGUUGCGUGUGGUGCUGCAACCGUACCACUUUGGACCGACUUCAUCAUCCAGAGAAGCGGCUUUGCCACGAGCACCACCACCUCAGCGAAAGCAAAACCAAUCAAACGAUCCAUCACAAGAUGAGGAUUCUAUUACCUGCUGUGUUUGUCUGGAUAAUUUUUCUGUUGGGGAUGCGGCCAUGCAGCUGCCCUGCUGCCGUCAUUUCCUUCACAAUGGGUGCGCGGGUCGGUGGUUUGAGGCUCAGUUUCGCUGCCCAAUCUGCAAUCGUGAUGUACGCAAUACGGAAUAG